GAGAGCUUGUGGUGGCGCAGUGUCUCCCUCAUUCAGCCAUCUGAGCACAGAAACGUUCAGAAAACAACUCUACAUCCAAGCGCCACCUCGCUCUGAAACGCACUGGCUUUGCACUUCUCCACUGCGAACUCCACAGGAAAAAGUUCCCUCUCUCUUCUUUAGUGUACCUCUGCACGGCAACAGCGGGCAUGCAUCGCCAAGGCGGGCAGCGACGCAAUGACCCGAAAAACGGAUGGAGAGAUGUUCUCCACAUUUACCGAUGCACUUUAUAUUUAUUGGUUUUAAGUCUGGAACUGAAGACUGGACUUACAGCACACAGGGCUGACUCAGACGCAUUUGCGCUUUUUCACGAGGGGGCCCAGGGCUGUCUGGGGGUGCGGGACCAUGUGCUAUACCUGUCCUCGUCCUGUGAGGGAGAUGCUCAGCUCUGGAAGUGGGUCACCAGGAACCGCCUCUUCAACAUAGGCUCCUCCCUCUGCCUGGGCAUCACCGUGGGCAACAUGAGCGGCCCAGCGGACGGGUCUCCGUUGGGCGUGUUUCGCUGUGACUGGGAGCCGCCUCGGGUCCGGUGGACCUGGAGCUGCAGCAAGUUCCUAGAGACCCUCAACACCUACCUGCCCAACCCAAAGAUGCCUGUGGCCGGCAGCAACGGCUCAGCUGUCCACUCGCUGCGCAUCAGACCUCCACCCGAAAGCUUGCAGUGGAGGCUGUACAGGGAUGAGCAGGACCUGUGUGCCAAGACGUACCGCGAGAUCUACACCAUCCAGGGGAAUUCCCAUGGGAGACCAUGCUACCUACCCUUCUUGUAUGAUGGCCAGUGGUUUCACAGCUGCACCAACGUAGGGAGGGAAGACGGCCAUCUUUGGUGUGCCACCACCCAUGACUACGGCAAGGACGAGCGCUGGGGGUUCUGUCCCAUUAAGAGUGCAGACUGUGAGACUUUCUGGGACACGGACUCUCUGAUGGACAACUGCUACCAGUUCAAUUUCCAGGCCACAUUGUCAUGGAGUGAAGCUCGUACAAGCUGCCAACAGCAGGGGGCAGACCUACUGAGCAUCACCAAGGUGGAGGAGCAGAGUUACAUCAACGGUUUUCUCACUGGUUAUAGCGCCACCCUGUGGAUGGGUCUGAAUGAUCUGGACCUUAACGGAGGCUGGCAGUGGGCUGAUUCUGCCCCUCUGAAAUACCUCAAUUGGGAGACGGACCAGCCAAACCACGAGGAGGAUCAGAACUGUGGGGUGAUCCGCACGGAGAGCUCAGGCCACUGGCAGAACCGUGACUGCUCUGUGGCCCUGCCCUACAUCUGCAAGAAAAGACCCAACGCCACACUUGACCCCUUCACCACAGACUCGUGGGCGGAUGAUGAGCAGUACCAGUGUGAUGUAGGCUGGCAGAACUUCCAGGCUGGCUGCUACCGGCUGAACUCUGACAAGCUGGACUGGAACUCAGCGGAGAAGACCUGCCAGAAGAUGGAUGCCCACUUAGCCAGUAUCCACACACUGUCCGAGCUGGAGUUUAUUACUGUGCACAUGAAAAAAGAGGUAGACGAGUUGUGGCUGGGCCUUCAUGACACGGCCAUGCAGAUGAACUUCGAGUGGACGGACCGCACCCCUGUCAUCUUCACCUUCUGGCACCCAUUCGAACCCAAUAACUUUCUGAACACCCAGGAGGACUGCGUCACCAUGUGGGGCCCUGAAGGCCGCUGGAAUGACAGCCCCUGUAAUUUCUCUCUGUCCUCCAUUUGUAAGAAGGCUGCGCAGAAGACAGAUGGGCAAAUCCAAGAGCAUGGCUGCAGACCGGGCUGGAAAUGGCACAGUGCAGCCUGUUUCUGGGUUGGUGAGGAGUCGUUAACAUUUAAUGAUGCCAGAAGAGUGUGUGCUGGUUAUAAUUCCACUUUAGCCACUAUCAACAACAGAUUUGAGCAGGCAUUUGUGAAUAGCUUGGUGUUUGGCCGAUCAGGGGAUCAGUUUUGGUUGGGACUGCAUGAUGAGAACAGUACUGGUCUUCUGCAUUGGCUCCCUGGAGAGUCACUGACAUACAGUAACUGGAACCGAGACCAGCCAGCCCCUGUAAGAGGAGGGUGUGUAGCCAUGGUGACAGGGCACGCGACAGGCCUAUGGGAAGUGAAGCAGUGCGCAAGUGCACGCUCCAAGUACAUCUGCAAGCAGGACAAGGGAUCGUCCUCCUCCCGUAUACCCCCCAGCCCCAUGCCCACUCCCUCCCUCACCAGGACGUGCCCCUCUGACUGGAAGACCUCCAGUAUCCUGCAACACUGCUACAGGGUCUUCCAUGUGGGGGCACUGGAGAAGAAGCUGACGUGGGUCCAGGCACACCUGUUCUGUGAGAAGCAUGGCGCUGAGCUGGUCAGCUUCACUAGCCCAGAAGAGGAGAGCUUUGUCUUUCAGGUCCUCCACGAGACCUUUGGGGCGGAGGAAGACCACGAACAGCACUGGCUCUGGAUUGGUUUAUCUCGCCGGAGCAGUGACAGCUGGACAUGGAGCGAUGGAUCAGCUGUGUCAUAUGAGAACUUUGGGAGGCGUGCGUAUAGCUCAGCCCGUUGCGGAGCAGCUAACCCUUCUGAUAUGAACUGGAUAAAGGCAGAGUGUGAUUCUGAGCUGGACUGGAUCUGCAAAAUACCAAAAGGGAAAGUGGAGUUAGUGCCUGAGAAUACCGAAGACACUGGUCUGGAGUGGGUCGAUUUCGAGGAGGCCCAGUAUAGGCUGUUUGAGCAUCGCUCCACAUGGGAGCAGGCCCGGAGGAUCUGCUCCUGGUUCGAUGCCUCCCUCGCCUCCAUUCACUCUGCCAGGGAGAAACAGUUCCUGGCAAGCACUGUGCGCAAGAUGUCAAGGAUAGAGAGUGAUCUGUGGUGGAUUGGACUCCACACGUAUGAGAAUGAUGGGCGAUUCAGGUGGUCUGAUCACUCUGUGCUCAACUAUGUGUCCUGGGGGCCUGGACAACCUCAGGCCAUCACUAGAGACCGCAAGUGUGUCCACAUAUCUAGGUCUAAAGGGGAAUGGUCAGAUCAGAAGUGUCAUGUAGAUCUGCCCUACAUAUGUAAGAGAGUAAACAUUACAGGCACACCCCCUCCCACCCCAGCUCCGCCCCUCAUCCCAGCAGGCUGCCCUGAUGGAUGGACUCCAUUCUUACAUAAAUGUUACAAGGUGUUUGGGCAGGAGCGAGUGAGGCGUGACACCUGGUCUGCUGCCCGCAGUAUGUGUCGGAAUCAAGAGGCCACAUUGGCCACUGUGCCCAGUCACAUCGAACAAGCCUUCCUGGUGACUCUACUACCAAACUCCAGUUUCCAUCUAUGGGUGGGUCUUACCUCUGACUCCCAAGGACAGUUCAAGUGGGCAGAACCUGGGUUACUUAGCUACACAAACUGGGCCCCUCGGGAACCAGUGGACAAUAAUGGACACAACAAAAAUCCGAAUAACUGUGUAGUGCUUCUGCACACUAGUCCUCACAGGAGCACAGGGAUGUGGGCUUCACGUGCCUGUGAGGGGGAGAAACAUGGCUGCAUCUGUAUGAAGAACAAAGACCUUGGUCUACUACCUGACAUGGAUCCACUCCCGCCUGCCUUGGAGGGGCCAUUAGAGUUCCAAGGCGUUCAGUACCGUGUCAUUCAGAAGCGCCUGAACUGGGAGGCAGCUCUGCAGGUGUGUGAGUCUGUGAAUGGGAGUCUGGCUGUGGUCCGUCAGCCGCAGCAGCACGCUUACCUCACACUCCUGAUCAACUCACUCCGCAAGCCUGCCUGGAUCGCGCUGCACAAUGAUGGGGGUCGCAGCUACAGAUGGUUGGGUGAAGAGACAGUUACCUUCAGUGACUGGCGGGAUGGAGAGCCCAAUCAGAUGGUUGGAUGUGGUUGCAUGACUACCAGUGGCCAAUGGACAGUGUGCUCCUGUGACAGUAAAUUAGAUGCAGCCAUUUGUGAAAUAAACACAGAUCGAGCAGUGGAUCAUAGGUGGGUGUAUCCAGGACAUUGCCUUCAGACACUGGGGGACUGGUCCUGGAUUCCCUUCAGAAACAACUGCUAUGCGUUCAACCUGGACCAGCUGAGGCUGCAACAUGAGGCUAUGCAUGCCUGCAAGAAAGUGGGGGCGGAGCUGCUGUCCAUUCUGGAUGAGAGCGAGAAUGGUUUUGUAUGGGAGCACAUUCAGGGCUAUUAUGAGCAAGCACAUGGUGCCUGGCUUGGCAUGACCUUUAACCCCAAAGGAGGCAGUCUGCAGUGGCAGGACAGUUCAGCGGUGGACUACACCAACUGGGAGCAGCAGGAUGCUAAUCUGACCAUACGCUCAGCUAACAGCUGCUUCUGGGUGCAAAGCAACACAGGGCUCUGGAAGCCUGGUUCCUGCAAGAACCGCACACAUGGAGUCAUCUGCAAAAGGCCCCGAGGACUGGAUUCUUCAGCUGUACCAGCUGACAUGGAUCACCUUCCCACUCUGGUCCUCAUCCUUCUCGCCGUGCUGCUCCUGGUCGCCCUCACCGUGGGCGGAGUCUAUCUGUAUAGGAGGAGGAGCUCAGGCUCCGCCGGGUCCUAUGAGGGCGCUCGGUACAGCCGCACUAACUCCACCCCAUCUGAAGAGACAGAGAAGAACAUCCUGGUGUCAGAUAUGGAGCUAAACGAGCAAGGCGAAUAAUGGAGGAUGAGGGAGAAUGACAUGGAGAAGCGGCCUGCACACACAUGGACUAAGUGAA